AUGGCCGGCCUGGAGGACAAUGAUGCUUGGACCCCGCCCUCAGAGGCCGAGAUGAAGAUCAUUCAAGCCAAACGGGAGCGAUCCGACAAGAUCUCCAAGAUCAUCGGCCAAUAUCUGCUCAAGGGUUACAAGAUGCUGGCCACUUCUUGUCCUCAAUGCAGUUCCAUCGAGCUAGAGGACAAACAAGGCCAGAUCUAUUGUGUGGCUUGUGCUGAGGUGGAUUGCCAGGAGACCUCCAAGGACAAUCCGGCCAUCAGCCAACCCGCGGCCCGGGUGGCUCUCCGAGAAAUGGAAGAAACCGCCCCGCCGCCUCCGAUAUCGGCCUCGAGCAGAACCCACAGUACCCGAAUCUUGGGUACUCACUCCAAUACAUUGCCUUCCCUACCGGUGAAUACCUUAUUGGGCUUGAACUCGAAUAGCCAGUGCGAUGGAUUAUUAGGCUUGAAUUCCGUGGGUCAUUCGGAACUGAUGGCAGAGAGUCGCUUGGCUACGCAAGCUAUUCUUCAUCAGAUGCGAGAGGCUCGGAUCAAGGUCCAGGACACCUCCGAUGUGCUGGCUAGUGAGCAGUAUGUGCGAUUCAUGAAAACCUGUGCGGAUAGUCUGGCGGCCUUGGCGGCUCUGGCCAAAUAGGUGGCCAAAGUCCGAGGCAGGGGAGAAGGGACCGGUCAAUGUGUCGGACGAAUCGAAAUAUAAUGGCGGUUGAUAUUGAUUUUA